AUGUGGGAUUCCCCACAGAGCUCACCUAUUCAAGAUGGUGAACCACUAGGAAGUAAUGAUAAUGAACAUUUAGAUGGAAGUUAUACUAAUGAAGAAGUAAAGGAAACAACUGAUGAAGAAAAGGAUUUUGGGACAAUUGUUAUUUUAGAAGAAUCCAUGACCGAAAUAAUCAAUGAUAUUGAGGCAUCCGAAGCUGAGAAAGAAGAAAACAUUGAUGAAGAAAAAGAAAUAUUAAUUGAAAAGGAAGAUGAGUCUAGGUGUGAUGACAUAAACCCUGAUUUUCCAGUAAAAGAAGAGACUGAUGUUGACAAUAUAAGUGAAGAUGAAAAAGGAGAAUCUUUAACCGACAUCACAACUAAUGAUAGACCUUCUAAGCCGAAGAACAAAGUUAUAGACAUCAGGGAUCUAGAAGAAAUUAAAGCUGAUAAGGGACCUUACCGGAUAAAACAAAAAAUUGUCGUUAUAGACCCAGGUUAG